AGUGUGCGUGUAAUUUAAGGCUGACUCGCAUUCGGGCAGAGGACACACCAGAGGCAGUUGUCCAGCCCUGACACACGAUGCUGCCCCGGGUUUUGUACGCGGGGUUAAUCCUAAUGCAGGUCUCCUGGACCCUGGAGACCAAAUUGCAUUAUGCUGUGGUUGUCCCUUCCGAGAUCAUAGCUCUCCGUCCCCAGCUCGCGUGUUUUGACAUUGAGGGAGCAAAGGGAGAAAGCAGCAUCCAGCUCUCCCUGAGCACGGUCAACGGAAACUCCACCUUGGUAGAGAAGACCUUCAACAAGGACUCUCUGUUCUCCUGCGUUUCAUUUCAGGUCCCCAACCCCACCGAGGAGAAUGAAGAAGUUGCCACAUUGGACGUUUCUAUUCAUUCUUCAUCUGAAUCUGUCUCCAAAAAAACAAAAGUUCUCCUGAAGAAGGAAAGAAACGGGAUUCUGGUCCAAACAGACAAACCCAUAUACAAGCCUGGACAAACCGUGAAAUUCCGAGUCCUUUCCAUCAAGGAAAAUCUCCAGCCAAGGACACAUCAGAUUCCUGUCAUCGAAUUACAGGAUCCAGGCAAGAAUCGGAUCGGCCAAUGGCUGAAUGUAAAUUUAAAUCAGGGGAUUGCUGAGUUCUCCUUCCCACUCUCAGAUGAGCCCGUGAUGGGGGAAUAUUCCAUCAAGGUGAAAGAUCAUGUCCAUCCCUUCUCGGUGGAGGAAUAUGUGCUGCCGAAAUUCGAGGUCAGUCUGGAGUUCCCUAAAGUUGUGAUGUUUAACAGUGACCAUUUCCCGGUUAAAGUAUGUAGCAGGUAUACGUACGGGAAGCCAGUCCAAGGUGUAUAUAGUGGCAGUGUCUGCCGAAAACGUUAUACUUACUCCUGGAGACAGGACCAUGGUUUGCCUUUAGAGCUGUGCAAGAACAUCACUGGAAGGUUGGACAAAUCUGGAUGUUCCACAACCGAAUUGAAAUCCGAUAACUUUAACUUAACCAGCAAUGAAUUCCAACUGAAUUUAGAAGGAACAGCUUCGGUCACUGAGGAUGGGACAGGAGUUGAGCUAUCAACAUCCAGUGGAACCUCUAUAUCAAAUACCUUUGACAAAGUAUCUUUCAUUGAUGCUGACAACAGCUACAAGGCAGGGAUCCCAUACAGUGGUAAGCUGAAAGUUGAAGAUGCCAUUGGAAACCCAAUUGCAGACAAGGAAGUCUACCUCUCCUGCUCUAACCACGGCCAUACUGAAGAGCUGACUUUAAUAACCGAUAAGAAUGGACAAGCGGUCUUCAAGCUGGAGAACACCAACAACUGGCAAGCCCAGACUACCAUAACGGCCAAGACAAACAAGGAGAACGUUCCAUACAAACCUGGCAUUAUUCAGCCACUAUACGGUUACGCGCACCUGUCACUUUCUCCGUUUUACUCCAAGAGUAAGAGUUUCCUGAAGCUGCACUCCCUGCAGAAUGUUCUACCAUGUGAGGGGCAACAAGAAGUCCAGGUGGAAUAUAUCAUUCAACACACGGAGCUGGAGAAAGAGGCCAAGCACUUGGAUUUACACUAUCUGAUGACUUCUAGAGGAUCUAUAUUGGAUUCUGGAUCUAUAGAAAUUCCGAUAAAUAAUCCUGAUCAAGAUCUAAGCGGUAGCUCCAACUUCAAGCUCCCUCUGAGUGUGGAAGCCUCUCCAAACCUGCAAGUGAUUGUGUUCACUCUACUGCCAGGCGGGGAGAUCAUCGCGGAUUCCGCCAAAUAUACUGUUACUAGAUGCUUCCAGAAUAAAGUAUCCGUUGGGUUCACUCCUGAUGAAGUUCUUCCCGGAUCAGAUGUUUCUCUGCAGGUUCGGGCAGAUGCUGGAUCCCUCUGUGGCCUGAGGGUUGUGGAUAAAAGCGUGGUGCUAAUGAAACCCGAAAAGGAGCUGACGGCAGACAAAGUUCACUCUCUGUUUCAUUUUUACGAUUAUGGAGGGUACGAUUAUCGGAUCCAAGAGGAUGAACCUCACUGUUUCCCUGGCCGUUGGCCUACAUUCCCUCGAGUUCCACUCACUCCACGAUUAACCAGGAGCAUCAUCCGCCCGUGGUUUAGAGAUGAACAUGUGGAUGUCUACAGCUUAUUUAAGAACUUAAAAUUAAAAAUAAUGACCGAUGCUGAUAUUAUGAAGCCCCUGAAAUGUGACAGAUAUUUUACUUUGGGAAUUCCAUUUGCAUCACCUGGGCUUCCUGGUUCUCCUGAGAUACAAGCAAGAAUACCUACGAGAGGGAAUGUCCUGCUAGACAGCGGGCCAGCCAACGCGAUUCCUGAUGCUCCACAAAAAGUUGAGACAGUCCGAAAAGACUUCCCUGAGACCUGGAUCUUUGAGCUGGCUGCUGUGGGACAAUCAGGUAGCACAGAACUCCAUCACAAAGCCCCGGACACCAUCACGGACUGGAACGCAGGAGCCUUCUGUAUGGGACCCAGUGGCUUUGGCCUCUCCUCCCCGGCCUCCCUCCGAACUUUCCAGCCAUUCUUUGUGGAUGUCACUCUGCCGUACUCCGUGGUCCGGGGAGAGACCUUUAUCCUCAAAGCCACCGUAUUCAACUACCUUAAAGAGUGUAUAAAGGUUAAAACCACCUUAAAGCUGUCUGAGCAGCUGGAAGAGGAACCGUGUGCCGACUGCCAGUAUACCAGCUGCGUGUGCUCAGACGAGAGCAAAACCUUCUACUGGAACCUGAAAGCCUCCAAACUGGGUGAAGUGAAUAUAACUGUGAGCACAGAAGCUCUGGAGACCCAAGAUCUGUGUAAUAACGAACAUCCUAUCGUCCCCAAACAUGGACAGAUUGACACCGUGAUUAAACCGCUUCUUGUGCAGCCCGGGGGUGUGUUAGAGGAAAAAACAUACAAUCAUCUUAUCUGCCCUCAAAAAGGUGAAGGGGAGUCUAAGCCAGUGAAGAUAUCCCUGAAGGUGCCGGAGAACAUUUUGAAGGAUUCCGAAAGGGCUUACAUGUCAGUGUUGGGAGAUCUGAUGGGAACGGCCAUGCAGAACCUGGACAGGUUACUGGCCAUGCCGUACGGCUGUGGGGAGCAAAACAUGGUCCUCUUCUCCCCCAAUAUCUUCAUCCUUCAGUAUCUGGAAAAGACUCACCAGCUGAAUGACGAGAUCCAGACCAAAGCCAAGAAGUUCUUAGAGAGCGGAUACCAAAGACAGUUGACGUACAAACACGAUGAUGGAUCAUACAGCGCCUUUGGAAAGAAUGACAAAGAGGGUAACACAUGGUUGACCGCCUUCGUAGUGAAGUCCUUCAAUAACGCCCGCCCUUACAUCUUCAUUGACGAAAGUCAUCUAAACCAUUCAUUCACUUGGUUAAAAAACAACCGCCAAGAUAAUGGCUGCUUCAGGAGCGUGGGCAAACUCUUCAAUAAUGCCAUGAAGGGCGGAGUGGACGAUGAAAUCUCCCUGUCAGCCUAUGUAACAGUUGCCCUGUUGGAGUCAGGUAUACCCCCAGAGGACCCUCUGGUUAGAGACGCUCUGUUGUGCCUGAGGAAGGCAGCCACCGAUGUGACCAGCGUGUACACGCAGGCUCUGCUGGCCUACACCUUCACCCUGGCCGGAGAAACGGAUCUCAGGCAAAGUCUGCUGGAAAAACUAUAUGAAAAGGCUGUGAGAGGCGAUGGGCAGCUGCAUUGGGAGAGGAAACCACCUGCUCCCUCCUCUGAGGUUCCAUCCUGGUACCAGGCUCCAUCGGCAGAGGUGGAGAUGACCUCUUAUGUACUCUUGGCUCUGCUCUCCGGACCUACAAAGGACGUGGGCAAAGCCUCUGAGAUAGUGAACUGGUUGAGCAAACAGCAGAAUCCUUACGGGGGAUAUAUCUCUACACAGGACACCAUUGUAGCCCUUCAGGCUAUGGCUAAGUACUCAGAGGUCACGUUCAGUGAUAAAGGCGAUGUGUCUGUGAUCAUCCGAUCGCAUGUUGGCGUAAGGCAAAUCCACGUGGAUCAUGACCACCGGCUCCUCCUGCUGAAAUUCCCGCUGUCAGAGAUCCCCGGGGAUUACUUCGUGUCCACGUCAGGUAGUGGCUGUGUGUUUGUGCAGGCUGUUCUUAGAUACAAUGUUCCCCCAAGUAGAAGUGAUGAAACCUUUGAAAUCAAAGUAGAAAUAAAACCAGAUCAGUGUCCCGAAGAACCAUUGAAAAAGUUCAAUAUGCAGAUAAGCGCUAAGUAUACAGGAUCUCGGGAGAAAUCCAACAUGGCCCUUAUUGAGGUUAAAAUGUUGUCUGGCUUUAUCCCGGUGAAGAGCUCAGUAAGGGAGCUGGAGAAGAGCAAACUGGUACAGAGGAGCGACAUUCAGACCGACAUGGUGACCCUGUAUUUGGAUGAGCUGGGACAUGAUCCCAUCCAUCUCUCCUUCAUGGUGGAGCAAGAUAUUGAGGUGAAGAACUUGAAACCAGCCACAGUAAAGGUCUACGAUUAUUAUGAGACAGGGGAAUUUGCAAUCGCAGAAUACAACUCUCCCUGCAGCUCGGAUGCAAAAUUGAAUGCAAGAUAAGGACUGGAAGGAACGCUGUUGUCUUUCAUGUAAUGAGCUGACUUGAGCUGCUAUAUAAAUGGCAGUAAUAUUUUGAAAUAAACAUCUCUUCAUCGAUAA